AUGGGGAGGAUCGAUUGUGUGCAACAUGAGCCCGAAGGUCGCGUCUGGGUAGGCUAUGGCUCCGGCCAUGGGGUGAAGGUGUUCGGGUACCCCUCCAAGGGUGGUGUCUAUGUCCUGGAUAACUGUUUCGGUGUAGAAUUGGACUUUCUUGGACUCGACCGGUUCAAUAACACCGAACGCCCAUCCAAAUUAGAUCCCGAUUGGCAAGCCAAAGAGGACGCACACUGCGACCGGAUGCGUCGCCUCGGCGCUACCUGGUGGCGAAGAGAAUCGGAUGAAUUUCUCGAGCAUGAACUAAGGUACCCAGAGCCUACGGAUGUAUAUCUCCGAGUGGGCUGGACGGCUGGAGGUGGUAUAUGGGUUUUACACACGACAUUGGGUAACGCAGGAGCUAUGGGAGCAGGGCGGAUCCACAAUGCGCAUGAUAUGGAGGAACGGUGCAGAUGGAUCGAAAAGCUGGGAGGUGUCUUCUACGCUGACCCCAAGGACUGCCCCUAUCUCGAUCUUCCUUGA